AUGGAUCCAAAUAAUAUUCAUAGUCAGAGCUCUAGUUUAUUAGGACUGCUUCACAGUCAACAAGGGAGCGUUUACCAUGAAAACUUUCCUCAUGAAAGUUUUCAUGGUCGUAUUAACUUUGGUGAUUCUCAACCUAUCCCGUCAUUCAGUUCACAACCAUCUCAAGUGUUGAUCAGUGUGUGGCUCAACACUUCUAAAGAUUCCAUUGUAGCAAAUGAGCAGAAGUCGGGGACCUUCUGGGAUAGGGUUGCUCAUCUUUAUUCCUCAAGUCCUCAUGGAUUAGAGGAUGGCGAGAGAGAACCCGGGCAAUGUAAGAAAAGGUGGCAUAGAAUAAACGAUGACGUUAACAAGUUUUGUGCCGCAUACUCCGCAUCAGAGAGACAGCUUAGAAGUGGUGAGAGUGACACUGAUCUUCUAAAGAAGGCGCAUGAGAUCUUCUUUGCUGAUCAAGCUAAGAAGUUUACUCUUGAACAUGCGUGGUGUACGUUGAGAUUUGAACAGAAGUGGCUUUCCCUUAACGCACCUAAAGCUGGUGGCGGUGAGAAGAGGAAGAAUGUUGAGACAACGACCCAAGCUUCCACCACCGACGGUGUCGUUGAUGUUGACCCGAGGCCAGAAGGAAUCAAGGCUGCUAAGGCUAGAAGAAAUGGUGGUAAAGGAAAGUCUGUGUCUGACUAUGUGAGUGUUUGGGAAAUGAAGAAGGAGGACUGGGAAAUGAAGAAGGAGGACUUGGAGAGAAAGGAGAGACUGUCGAAGUUAUCUAUACUUGACACUCUCCUUGCCAAAACUGAACCAUUGAGUGAGGCGGAAGAAGCUGUGAAGAAUAAGCUUUUAGCGGAGUGUUUCUGA